CCAGCGUUGCGAACGAGCUGUCACUGCCGGUGAGAAAGCUGUUUUGCCAGAUUUGUUUCCUCCACACUGAAACCAUUUUAUGAAAAACAUCUUGUCCGUGCGUUGCAUUUUGAGCUGAAUCUUUCGUGAUGGCUUCGGAACGGUAUAGCUUUUCGCUGACCACCUUUAGCCCGUCGGGUAAGCUGGUCCAGAUCGAGUAUGCCCUCGCGGCGGUAGCGGCCGGAGCACCGUCGGUCGGCAUCAAGGCGGUAAACGGUGUCGUGAUCGCGACGGAAAACAAGCAGAAAUCGAUCCUGUACGAUGAGCACAGCGUGCACAAGGUCGAGAUGGUGACGAACCAUAUCGGGAUGAUCUACUCCGGCAUGGGGCCCGACUAUCGGCUGCUGGUGAAGCAGGCCCGCAAGCUGGCCCAAAACUACUACCUCACGUACCGCGAACCGAUACCGACGUCGCAGCUGGUGCAGAAGGUGGCCACCGUCAUGCAGGAGUACACGCAGUCGGGCGGUGUCCGACCGUUUGGAGUGUCGCUGCUCAUCUGCGGCUGGGACGAUGGCCGUCCGUACCUGUUCCAGUGCGAUCCGUCCGGCGCUUACUUCGCCUGGAAGGCGACGGCGAUGGGCAAGAACGCCAACAACGGCAAAACGUUCCUCGAGAAGCGGUACAGCGAGGAUCUCGAGCUGGAUGAUGCCGUUCACACCGCGAUUCUGACGCUCAAGGAAGGUUUCGAGGGACAGAUGAACGCGGACAACAUCGAGGUGGGCAUCUGCGAUGCGAACGGUUUCCGCCGACUGGACCCAUCCGACGUUCAGGAUUAUCUGGCCAAUAUUCCAUAAGCUAGCUAGCUAGGGCAAGGGGGGAGAAGCAAAUCGAGAGAGAGAGAGGAGGGAGCUUUUUCGUCGUAAGAGUGCGUCCUAGCGAGGGACAUUUUUUGCGUUAAAGUAGAGUUACUCUGGAUGGGUGGAUGAUUUGGAAUAAACACUUACAUUUCUUCAAGCGGA